AUGGCCGCGAAGUCUGAUGGAGCGGCGGUCGCGGCCGGCCCGGGGCCGGAGGGGGCGGCCGGGGGAGCCCGGGGCAGUGCGGCUGGGCCCGUGGAGGCGGCGACAGCGGCCGGGGGCCCCGGACUGACCGGGGCGGGAGGCUCCGGGCCGCGCUACGAGAUGCGGGACUGCUGCUGGGUACUGUGCGCACUGCUCGUGUUCUUCUCCGACGGCGCCACGGACCUGUGGCUGGCGGCCUCCUACUACCUGCAGGGUCAGCGGACCUACUUCGGCCUCACGUUGCUGUUCGUGCUCCUGCCCUCGCUUGUAGUGCAGCUGCUCAGCUUCCGCUGGUUCGUCUACGACUACACGGAGCCCGCGGGUGCCCCGGGACCCGCCGUCAGCACCAAGGACAGUGGCAUCGGCGGGCCCUCCGUCAGCACCAAGGACAGCGCCGCCGCCUUCCGGACCAAAGAAGGCAGCCCCGAGCUGGGUCCCCGGCCCGCGCCCUCCUCGGCCAGCGCCUACCGCCGCCGCUGCUGCCGCCUCUGCGUCUGGCUGCUGCAGACUCUCGUCCACCUCCUGCAGCUCGGCCAGGUCUGGAGGUACCUGCGCACCAUGUACCUGGGGCUGCAGAGCCGCUGGCGCGGGGAACGGCUCCGGCGCCACUUCUACUGGCGGAUGCUGUUCGAGAGUGCCGACGUGAGCAUGCUGCGCCUUCUGGAGACCUUCCUACGCAGCGCGCCGCAGCUCGUGCUACAGCUCAGCCUCCUGGUGCACCGCGGCGGCCGUCCGGACCUGCUGCCCGCCCUCUCCACCUCCGCCUCACUCCUGUCCCUGGCCUGGACGCUGGCCUCCUACCAGAAGGUGCUACGGGACUCUCGAGACGACAAGCGGCCACUAUCGUACAAGGGCGCAGUGGCCCAGGUGCUGUGGCACCUAUUCACCAUUGCGGCCCGCAGCCUGGCCUUCGCGCUCUUCGCCAGCGUCUACAAGCUCUACUUCGGCAUCUUCAUCGUGGCCCACUGGUGCAUCAUGACCUUCUGGGUCAUCCAGGGUGAGACGGACUUCUGCAUGUCCAAGUGGGAAGAGAUCAUUUACAACAUGGUAGUGGGCAUCAUCUAUAUCUUCUGCUGGUUCAAUGUCAAGGAGGGCCGCAGCCGCCGCCGCAUGACCCUCUACUACUGCAUUGUCUUGCUGGAGAAUGCAGCACUCACGGGCUUCUGGUACUCAAGCCGCAACUUCUCCACCGACUUCCAUUCACUCAUCCUGGUCUGCGUGGUGGCCUCCAGCUUCGCAUUGGGCAUAUUCUUCAUGUGCGUCUAUUACUGCCUCCUGCACCCCAAUGGGCCCAUGCUGGGUCCCCAGGCACCCGGCUGCAUCUGCCCUGAGGCCUCAGAGCCCUGUGGCCCACCAGCCGAUGCUGUCACAAGUCCCCCGAGGUCCCUGCCGAGGACUACAGGCGCGGAGCGGGAUGGGGCCUCGGUGGGGGGCGAGCGUGCAGGGACCCCCACACCACCUGUCUUCCAGGUGCGGCCUGGCUUGCCUCCUACACCAGUAGCCCGCACCUUGCGGACAGAGGUGCCUGUCAUUCGGAUUGACCUGCCUCGUAAGAAGUACCCUGCGUGGGAUGCUCAUUUUAUUGACCGCCGGCUCCGGAAGACCAUUCUGGCGCUGGAGUAUUCCUCGCCAGUCACACCCCGGUUGCAGUACCGGAGCACGGGGACCUCCCAGGAGCUGCUGGAGUAUGAGACUACUGUGUAGGCCACAGUUUCCCCGCUACAGGGAUGGGCCUGGCUCAUCCCACAUCGACCACAGUGUUGAGCCUGGAAUUUCAGGGCCACCAGGCUAUGGGGACGUGGGUCUGUUGGUACAAGGGUAG